UUGGCACUUCCAUCAGUACCCUUUGGCCCAAAUUUCGCCGCAGCCAUGACCAAGCGACCCAGCGAUGAGGAGGAAACCCCUGGCGAAGGGGCGCCAGAUGAGAAGAAGCCCUGCUUGCGUUACGAGCACUGCCAAGACCCCCAUCACACUGGGACGGCUGAAGACUUGCGUCGGUGUCGGAAGGACGGCAGGGUGCGGUGCAAAGGGUGCCGGCAGGACCAGAAGCGCAAAGAGGAUGCGGUGGGAACCCGCGGGUUGGAUUUAGCGGCCCACUUCCGUUCCAAGCAGCUGCAGCAACGCCACCUGCCCGCCGUGGAGGUGGUAGUCAGCUCACCCUCAGACGAUGACAUCAAGGAGACCAAGGAUGCCACGAAACCGGUGGUGGACUUCGCCAUUGACCCGGCGGCACCGCUGAAGAUCGAAGAAGAGUCGACGACGGAUGUGCCAAACACAUCUCCAUCCUCACCGUCAUCAAAUGCCGCUAAGAAGAAACCCAAGAAGAGGGAAGCACUUGGCAAAGGUGUGAAAUGCUUGCACAUUGGUUGCGAUGUUUGUCCCCGAUGGUUCGUGGUGGAUCAAGUGCUCUUUGAUCAUUGGUGCAACGAAAAGUUCACCUGCUGCAUGGUGGGUGAAAGCUGUAGUCGGAAGGAGACACAUACUGCGUUGGUGGCCUGCAAGGGCGUUCCACAGAUGUUGUCCCGCCACGGGCGACCGGUGCGAAAAGCUGACAGCAGGCCGCAGCUGUUACCGGGCGGCUGCUGGGACGUGUGGCGCCCCGGCAGCGCGUUGAGCUCGGCCGCGCCGCGGGUCUUUGCGGCGCCCAUGACGGCGGUGUCGCCCAGGUGGCGGGAAGAGGCGGCCAAACUCUUUGACAAGGGCUGGACGCAAGAAGCAUCCCAGAAGACGAUCCGCUAUUUGUUGCAAUGCGACGAAGAUCCCUUGUUUGUACGAGAACAACGCCGAAAGAAGCACCCAAGUCUGAUCCUUUGGUUGCUGUGGCAGGAGUCACCCGCGAAGAAAGGAGAGGUCGGCACCAUGCUGUCGGUGGCCAUUUUGUCACGUCAGCGCUACACCUCGAAGGGACCAGUGCACCUGCAGGGCGGCAUGGUCUUGGAGUACAUCUCCGUUGAACCCGGCACCGGGGCCAAGGCGUAUUGGCUGGUACAGGCUGCUGAGGAGGUGGCUUUACUGAUGGGCCACAGCGAGCUCUUCAGUGCCUGCGACCUUAACCAACGUGGUAAAGCCUUCGAGGGGCGGGCCAAACCCGCCUUGGAAGCGCAUCGCAGAUGGGGCUUUGAGGACACAGAUCAGAAAGAGUGGACGGACAGGCGCUUUGAAGUUUACUCUGCGGGAUGCAGCGUUCGCUACAUGGUCAAGAUCGUUGGCCGUUAAUGUGAUGCACCAAAAAAUCUGACGUAUUCUAAGCAUUUAUACAUGUUGAUGUUUUGGUU